AUGUCUAACGAUAUGGAACAGAGUACAAAGCCUGAAGAGCAAUUAAUGUUGGAGACCGAUGCAAAAGAAAAUGAAAUUAAAAAUGGCGACCAAGAUCCUCUGACUAAAAUUAUUGGAGCCAUCGGAAAGUGGCAAAUAUGGAUAUGUUUUAUCGUCUUUCUGGUAAAAUUUCCAGUUGCCUGGCAUCAAAUGAGCAUCAUAUUCCUAGCACCGCCUAUGAAUUUCACAUGCGCUGAUGAUAAUAAUUUCACGAGUCAAUGUAACGCUAACUGCAGUGUAUAUACAUACGACCACAGCGUUUUUGGAGAAACUAUAGUAUCACAAUGGGAUUUGGUUUGCGACAGAAAUUGGCUCAAAAACCUCACUCAAACUAUAUUCAUGCUCGGAAUUCUAGUGGGCAAUAUGAUUUUUGGACACCUCUCUGAUAGGUUCGGGCGACGAUUACCAUUCUUGAUAGCGGUUUUCCUUCAACUAGUAGCAGGAGUAACAACUGCAUAUUCAGUUAAUUGGUAUAUGUUCACGGCUUUACGAUUCCUAUUGGCUGUGGCUACUGGGGGAACUAUGGUCACAAGCUUUGUCCUCACUAUGGAACUGAUUGGUGCUAAAUAUAGAGAAACAGUUGGAAUUGUAUAUCAAAUACCAUUUAAUCUUGGACACUUAUCACUUCCUUUAUUCGGCUACUUCUUACGAGACUGGAGCUCGUUCCAACUGGCAAUCUCCCUACCAUCUGUUCUGUUUCUCAGUUAUUACUUUUUACUCCCGGAAUCACCGAGAUGGUUAAUGACUGUAGGAAGGAGCAAAGAUGCUCUUAAAAUUAUGAAAGCAGCUGCUAAAAGGAAUGGCCGUCCAACAGAUAAAAUCGAAGUUUCUAUGCAGAAAAUGGUAGUUGAUGUUAGUUCUACCCAAGAACGAGCUUCGUUUCUGGCUCUUUUCCGAACACCACGUCUCCGAGCUCGAACUAUUGCUAUUUGCUUUAAUUGGUUUGUCUGCGGAUUCUGCUUCUUUGGAGUGUCACAAUACAUCGGACAUGUGUCCGGUAAUAUAUUCUUCAACGUCGCUAUCUCAGCUGCCAUACUAGUACCAGGAACCCUUAUCUCAAUUUAUAUGAACAGAGUCCUUGGUAGAAAGAUAACUCUUAUCAGUUCAAACUGUGUGACGGGUCUUAGCUGUCUUCUCAUUAUCUUCGUGCCACAGUCUAUGGCCAGCCACUUGACCCUUGGAUGCUUCGGGUUAUUUGGAAUGAGUAUAUCAUUCGCUACGGUUUAUUUGUACGCAGGGGAAUUAUUUCCAACUGUUGUUCGAAAUUCCGGCGUUGGACUAUCAUCUACCGUGGCAAGGAUAGGCUCUAUGGUAGCACCAUUUGUGGCAACCCUUGCUCAUACUAGUGCCAUUUUACCACCUCUACUUUUUGGUAUAGUACCUCUAAUAGGUUCAUGCCUAUGUAUUAUAUUACCAGACACUAGAGGAAAGAAAUUACCUGAUACUUUGGAGGAGGGUGAAGCGUAA